AUGAAGCCUGGACAGGGAGAAGAAAAGACUACGGCGGGCGAUGGACAAGGUCAAGAAGGACGCUCAUCAACUUCAUCGUCACCAGCUGCCGCCAUUGUGGUACAAAAUGCAGCACCGUCAAUUAAAGUUCCCUCAGAGUUGAGUUGGACAGAAUCAGGUUCAAACAUGGGCCUACAUAAAGUAGACAUCGGCAGACGCAAACCAAAUCGACAAGGCAGCGACUCGAUGACGUCAGAUGCUAUACGUCAUAGCAACCAUCGCAAACGGACAGGGCUUGCUGGAGGAUUUCCAUCAGCUGAUCGGAACCGUCCCCCUCCCACUACAUCUACGUCGGCUGCAGGUUUCAACAACGACAAACAGCGAUCACAUUUUGCAGAGUUGUUGGUUGAAAAUUAUCCUGUUAUAUUUAAAAUUGAUACAGGUGCCGAAAUUAAUGUAAUUAAUCAAAAUGUGUUCAAUUCUCUUGGUACAGAUGUCAACCUAGUCGACACUGAUGUGCACCUAACCUCCUAUACAGGUCAGAGGUUAAACGUAACAGGUACAGCUAUUGUUAUUCCUGUCAGCUUAAGAGCUGAAAUGUUGAAACGUCUCCAUUACCCUCAUCUCGGUGUUACAAAAACACAGUUAAGGGCAAGGAAUGUGAUUUAUUGGCCAAACAUCAAUAAUCAAAUAGAAGAUGUUGUAAGCAAAUGUGAAACUUGUGCUGUCAAUGCAAGAAGUAAUUUCAAAGAACCUAUGUUGCCUCACCCAGUUCCCAAACUUCCGUGGCAGAAGGUAGGAUUAGAUUUAUUUUUUCAUGAUGGUAAAACUUUUUUAUUGUGUGUUGAUUAUUUUUCAAAGUAUGUAGAGAUUUUAACCAUGCAAAGUAUGUCAAGCCAAUAUGUAGUAAGCCAGGUAAAAGCAAUAUUCAGUAGGCAUGGCAUUCCCAAACAUGUAAUUACCGCUCAUGACACUUGUUUUACUGGUUUUGCUUUUAAAGAAUUUAGUGUUCAAUGGGAAUUCAAUCAUGUAUUAACAAGUCCUCACUUUUCUCAGGCAAACGGGAUGGUAGAGCGAGCAAUCCAAAAUGUGAAAAAUAUUGUAAAGAAAUCUAUGUUAGAUAAAUCUGAUUUGUAUCUAGCCUUAUUGGAGUACAGAAACACUCCUAUUAGCAACUCGAUUCCAUCUCCUGCGGAGAUAUUGUUCAGUAGAAAGAUCAAUGGUGUACUACCGUCUAAUGAAAUGUCACUUAGGCCUAAGUUAAAUUAUAAGAAUGUUCGAAAUAGUUUGAUUUCAAGGCAAGAAAAACAAAAAAUGUACUAUGACAGAAAAGCUAGGCCUAUGAGACCUCUUAAUAAUAAUGAAAAUAUUCUUAUGAAGCAUAAGAAUCAGUGGGUACAUGGUAAGGUAAUCAAAAGUAGAAAUGAACCAAGGUCCUAUAUUGUUAAAAGUAACAUGUCAGACAGAGCCUAUGUGAAAAAUAGGUAUCAUAUCCGUCCAUUCCCUGGCUUCAGCCAAAACCCAAACAGAACCUUGUACAAAGAUGAUUCCCAACCUAAGCCUGUACCAGUCAAAACCUCUCCGGUAAAACUGCCUGAUACUAGAUCUCCUGUGAGUCCUAGAUCCAUUAUAGGUUCUCCUACUCGUACAUCUCCGUCACCUGUCAGAAACCUAACCUCACCCAACCGUGACCGUCAAGUGACAUCACCUAACCAAUGUACUGACAUGGCCUAUAAAACUAGAUCUGGUAGGGUAGUAAAGGCACCACAAAGAAUUGAUUUUCACCUCACGUAUGGCCUGGUUCUGUGGGGCCAUUCUCCAUUGACACAGGAAUUACUCAUACUACAGAAGAAGGCGCUGAGGAUAAUAACAUCUGGAUACAAAGCACACUGUCGUCCCAUCUUCCUGGAGCUGGGUGUGUUGACUGUUUAUAGCCAGUAUGACCUCAACAUCUUGACCCUGCUGAAGGUAACCAUCCACCAUUUUGUUGUCAGAGACAAUAUACAUAGUCACCAUACCCGCCAAGCGAGUGACAUUGAUUUGCCGAGAUGCCGCUCAGCCCGCUCACUGAAGAGCUAUCCUCGGUCUGCGGUAAGGUUUUUUAAUUCCUUGCCAGUUCAUGUACGCGACCUGGACCUAGAUGACUUUAGGACGGCCCUACGUGACAGGCUGGUUAAUAGGCAUCUUUACAGCUUCAAAAACUAG